AUGGAGAUGAUGUGGCUGAAACAAACAGCUCUGCAGCGGAGGCUGAUSGAGACGCAACAAGCCAGGAAAGAUGCCCGAAUAACGGGGCAGCGCGAGAGGACAGAGGCUGAUAAAUACCCGGUGCCAAGAAGCAGCAGUCCCGUCUCUGUGUACAUUGAUUUCCCCUGCAUCAUUGAUCAAGCUUUUUCAACAAUUGCAUGGGAGGAUUUAGAAGUGAGCCAUGUCAGAGAGUCGCUUUGCUCUCAGGUUAAUGAGUCUGAUCCAGAUGAGCAGUACUUUGGAGAUUAUGCGCUGGAUUUUAUAGCAGAUUCUACCUCCAGAGAGAGCAGUUUGUCUCCAGCUGAGCUGCUGUCAUUUCAGGGAUGUGUUAUCCCCCCUCUCACUCCUCAGAGGGUCUUCUCUCCAGAGGAGAAUGCGGUUCACUCGUCCACAGAAACCGACAACUUUCAUGCCCAGGAUGAAGCUUCGUGGAGGGGCUUGGCAGAGUGUCAUGAGAGGGCACUGGGACACUCUGUGGCCAUCAACAAGCAGCUCCACGAGACUCUUCGAAGGCGCCAGCAGGAGCUCGACUCUCUCGAGGAAAGGAACCAUCACCUCAGGCAGUUGGCCAGUCGAGCAAAACACCUGGCCUCAGUCCUCGACAAACUGAUGACAGUCAGGGACGUGGAACCAGCAGUUCCUCCUGCUGAAAACGCCUCGGCGAGCUCCUGCAAGCGCCAGCGACUGGACGAAGGCUACGAGACGGAGUCCUCGGACUCGGUGGAGGACAUGUUGAGGGACAUCAGCACCCGCUGCAACGCUGUCCUGCUCAGCAGCGCCGCAGCAGAAGUCGUGCAGCAGCAGGAACCGGAGACGGUGCACGUGUACGGCGCCUUCUCCGGCCUGCAGAUGUCCACGCCUAACAGCAGCACCUGGACUGGGGACGGAGCGGAGACGUCUUUCAGAACCUCUGUCGGGGAACACGGCACCAUACGGACUCAGGUGUUCCCUCACGGACACGUUUUCACGGCUCAGACCCAGCAGGGCGGGUACAGAUUCCGCUGGGUUCCAAAUCCCAGCUGAAAUCAGAAAUAAACUCUCUGGGUUUUAUAUUAAAGCUGCCAUCAAUCAGUUAGAGGACAGUGUUAACAUUUAACUUUUAAUCUAUAGUGAUAUCUGUAAAUGAUUCAAUGAUGUCUUCUCCAGGUAGCUCCGGAGCUAAUCACUCAAAAGUGAUCCAAUACUGCCUUCACUGCUGUUUACAGUCAGUCUUUGUUUACACCUCGAGGCCUGGUUGUUUCUAAAUCUCACUGUU